AUGACAAACAAUCAGGCACAGAAAAAGGCCAAGGGCCCGCCAGCUAAAAGCCCAGUCCUUAGGCCCCUUCGCUACAGAACUGCUUCAAUAUUCCUGCUAGUGCUAUACAUUAGCAUCCUGUUGAUAUCAUGGGUUAUCACGGGUAUUCUGAUGAGUCGACCAGUGAACGCAUCCUCAUAUCUCAAUCAGGUCUACGGGUUGCCCGUCAAAGUGAUCAACAGUGUUCGCCACGGGUGGUAUGCUAUUGAAUUCUUCUCCCAAAUCCAGGUUGUCCUGGCUAUCCCAAUUGUGUCUGGUCUUCUUGCCCAAGCAGCCGCAGUCUACGCGCAGCGCCAGUCGCCCAAGCAAAAACUCUCGUUACCAGAUCUGAUCACUCUUGCCAACCGUCCUUGGACUGGUGUGAUUUCGUGGUUCCGGUGUUUCUCCCGGAGUCGGUUUGUUGCCUUUGGCGGGCUGCUCAUUUUGCUGGUAACCUUCACACCUGCUAUCCAGGCUGUUCUGUACGUUACCAAAAAGCUUCAGCAGCUGUCCAACUACGACGAGCAGCCAUAUAUGUGGCCGGAUUCGCCACUCCGAUUUCUCGACGUACCCAACAACCAAUUGCGCAGCACUUUUGAUUGGUACACAUUGGAUGGCCUAGGAGUUCGGUAUAAUGAUAGGUAUUUUGUCUCCUCCAUCAAGAACGGAUCCAACACAGGCAUUCUACGAGAGCAUGCCAUGCGCCUCAACUCCUCCAUAGACUGCGAGAUCACCCCGUCAUCUGCCUUUCCGCAGGUCUGCCCGGGGGACCAGCCAUUUGUGACCAACUUUUCAGCCCCCGAAACCUUUGAUAUUCGCAUCUGUGUGCCCGGAGCGUCUGGAAGUACACCGUGGAACCUCACCAGAGAUCGACAGGAUCUAUCCGAAGAAUUGUGGAUUGAUUUUGGUAUUCACAACUCGUUUAUGCUGGCGUCUUAUACAGACAGUUUCCACAACGCGGUCAGCUCUACACUACAUUGCACUGUUCGUUCCACACGGGGCUACUUUGAGGUCAACAACGACUGGAAUGGAGGAAACCCAGGGCCGUUGUUGGAAAAAUGGCCCGGCCCUGAAGAAAUGGCGACCGAAUAUAACGAUUUCCUUGGUCCUGAACAGCGCUAUGGUAUUCCGACGACUUCUGGUGACAACAACCCAAGUCGUACCAUUUCGUCCAUGAAUGCGCCUAAUGAUCCAUUCACAUCCAAUGUGAAAAACAAUAUAUACGCGCCUGGACCACUUAUGACGAGCGCCCUGGCUCUAUUUGGUAACAUGACCUUCUUCAAUGCAGUCAGCAAAGUUAACAACGACACCGCUGCCCAAACGAUCACUCUUCUCUGCCAACUGAAUGUUAUUCCGUUUGCCCAUGUCUCUAAAGAUAGAUUGAAUUACGGACUUGAUUCUCGUGGCACAGGAUCGAUAUGCAAUUACGAUACAUACCAGUAUCUAAUGAAAUACCAAGACAGGGAUGGCCUCCUCUACCAACACCUCGCCGGCGCCGCGUUUAACUUGGCAGCCAUUUUCAACUAUACCCAUGUUGGAAAGUCAGUUCUCUCCAUGGCCACGUACUUUGCCAACGAGGGCCUCUUGAAUACAGCCGCAUUCAAUGGGGGCAAUUCGCGUCCCAUUUUUUCUUCCGCGGGUGCCGUGCUGAUCAAGCCGAAAUGGAGCUUAGCUGCUAUCGUCACGGUUUCUAUUUUGAUUGGAAUCCAGAUUCUCGCUCUGUGUGCGCUCAUGGCGCAUACUUAUUUUUCGCCGAGAUGGACUGAUACCCUGGAUGCGUUUGCGAUGGUGCGUGUUGGCGCCCAGCUGCAGAGGUUUGGUCAUGUGGAUCAUCUGCCUGGGAUUCGUGAUACGGACAACGAGGAUUUGAAGUCUCUCAAGGAUGUGGAUGGCCUGGUUGGUGUUGUCGCUGAGGGUAGAAGCGAGAUACCAACGGGACAGAAUGGUAGUGAUCAAGGGGGGGAUAAUAAGUCUGAACAGCACUCGCCACCGUCCGAGGGCCCCAUAUAUAAAGACGUGUCAGGCGAUGCUCGAUCUCGAAAAGAAGGACUGACGCCGCCAUUUGAAUUAGCUGUUGGCGGUCCAGGUCUGGUUACCAGAGAGCUGGUGAGGAGGAAGAAGCCGAGUGCAGAUACUAAUGUGUGA